UUGUAAUACGUCAUUUUAAAGCUUUUUCUACAGUCUCGAAGCUAUUUGUACUAAAAAAAAUCAUAAGUUUCACUGUGUUCCGUUGAUUUGAAAAAAGGGGAAAAUGCCAUUUUUUGACAGUUAAUUGUUUAUAAAUACAAAUGGCCACCAGAUCCUACGCAGGAAAUAGUUUGUUCCUAUAGGUAUUACCUGUCGAAAAAACGCUUCAGUACCCUGGCUGCUGAAGUUUCACGAACAGGGUAUAUUUUUGUCUUAUUACCCUGGCCUAUAAGAAAGGUGUUUGGGUACAACUCGAGGCAGUAUCUGUAUUUGAAUUGAACGAACUCUUCCACUUCCAAGCCCUCUUCGCGCGUCUCUUCAGAAUCGUGUUAUGAAAUAUGAAAAUAAACAUAUUAAGUGUAGACAAAGCAUACUGACCAAAACAGCGUAACACGCGGGCAGUCGGUCCGUCGGUCGGUGGUCUGUCUAUCUCUUUUUACUAAACGAUCCCGCUCAUAUGUGACAGACAGAGAUGGCUAGACCACUCAAUCCUUAAUUUUGGCGAUACGCCUCGAUACACAGAGCAGCCCAUACAUUGCCUGGUCUACCCUUUAUUAUGUCUAUGGUUACGAAGCACUUAUUUCCGUACUAUUUCCUCCAAACGUUCAUUAUUUUGUUUAUCGCCUUUUUUUACGGUUAUGCUCUGUUUUUAAGCCAUGAGGAGUAAACUAAAAAGACAGAUUCACACCCCCCAAGAAAGUCACUAGAAAAAUCAUCAAAUACAUCUUCUUUUUGGUUGAUCAUGUCGGCCUUCGACGGUAAUCCAAAAAUAUUAUAUUAUACUAAUACGUCGAAUAUUAUAUUAUACUAAUACGUCGCUAAAGAGUUCUAAAAACAAUUGCUUUUUAUAUAAAAGCAGACUAAAAAUUUAAACAUUAAAGGUAUAACGCAGAAAACGCAAAAAAUCGCCGAUUUAACUUAAUUAACCUAUGAAAUGCUAAUAGUGUCCAAAUUUCAUAAAUGUAAAUAGUGUCCAAAUUUCAUAACAGUGGAGUAAACUUGGCUGAGGUUGAACUAAUUACAAACAAGCAUUACGGCGCGGUAAAUUUGAAUUGCUGCUCCUGGUUUAAAAAAAGAGCAUAGUACUGGAUUGUUUCGGGAAGCUUGACUAGCUGCUUCGUGUUCCAAGGCAAUAGGGCAUUUCAUCUAUUGUCAUUUGUUUCGAGCUUCUGUCAUAUGUUGUAUAAUCUGUGUAUAAUAUUAAUAUACACGGAUUAUACGACAUUAUGACAGAAGCUCGAAACAAAUGACUGAAUGAAAAGCCCUAUAGCGAGCGCUUCAUCUAAGCGAGCUCGCACUGUCUGUCCCCCCUAAAAAUUUUUAUAGGAGCGCCCAUGUCAUCAUCUAUUUCAAAACUUAAGGGGGUAUUAUGCUUUUUCUCAUGAGGAUCUUUCAGUGAGUCACAGUUUUUCGAUUUCUUUCUAACGCAUUAAAUUGCAUGUGACAGAAAAACGCACGUCGGUGAUUACAAUUCGUCGGUGACAUUUAUAACAUUUAUUCUAGUUGUCAAUAGAUAGCGCUAUAAUCGAAAAAAAUUAUUUACGAAUUAUAAUAUAUCUACGAAUAUAAUCUGUACAAUUUAUAAGACUAUACAAAUCAAAGAAAAUACCAUUUUAUAAAUGCAAUAAACACAAUUGAUUUCAUUUUAUGCCAAAUUGCAAAUAAAACGUGACAACUGUCAGAUUUUACUAAAAUGUCAUGUCACUAAAAUGUAUAUUAUCACGGACUUACCUUUUUUUCUAUCAUUUGUGACGCACUGAAAAUGCACAUGAAAAGAAGCAUAGCACGCCGCAUGCAAAAUAGGUGGCGAUUAUGUAAACUACAAUUCUUUGAAUAGAUGGCAGCACGCAUGAUAUAGUAUCAUGGCAGCACGUACAUAUACAGGGUGUCCCCGAAAAUAGUGCGUUCCUUAAAACUCAUCCAGGCAAUAGGUCAUCCGGGUCCGUUGGGCCCACCACUGCUCUUGAAUGAACUAUUCAUAUUAACAUAUAUAUUUCUAAUAUUCUUUUUUGAUUUUUUAUUAAAGUUCAAUUUAAAUUGUCUAGAUUAAAAAAGGUGCUACUAUAGUAUGCGGUCAACCUCGAGAGAGCGAUCUGCCUGAAGUUAUUAGUUGUCCAAUAAAGGCAUAUAUGUAGCUCUGUAGGGUCGCAAUAUUUACAGUCCUCUAUCCCCAUGACUUUUGCGGCUUCUUUAUUUGUACACUUCACUAUUUCGUUCAUAAUUUUUUCGUCCUCAAACAAACAAAAGGAGUCAACAAGAUCAUCUACACUUUGACCAGGGACUAAUAUUACUUUGUGCACUUUGCUUUUUAUUAUGUCGCAGGAUAGCAUACGUCAUGUCGGUUGUAGUUGACACUUCUAGUUAAUUCCAUCUUAAGUUUCAAAAAUUACACACUCUGAAAUCUGGGAACUUGUAGCUACACAUUCUUCUUCAUUAUCACUCAAUACUACUUGCUGAUCAUCCUCUUCACUUGCUUCCGAAAGAUGAUCUUCAAUUUCAGAGUCACUUUCAAUGCCACCUACUGCAGGAGAUUCUUCAUCAUCGGAAUCCCAUAAAUUAUUUGCAAUAUCUUGCAGUUCUGCAGCAGAUAAUGGUUUUUGGGACAUUUUAUUUGCACUAUCUACUUUCACUGUAAUUCAAUAUAAUUUUAGGAGCUUAGUUGUCGAAACUAACAUCGAUAUCAAACGACUGAUAGCAGAUGCAUUAUUUAUUUCAAAACAUGUGCAGGUACCUACCUAACAAUAUUAUUGCAUUCCACCAAUGAUUAUCAGUUUUUAAAAUUAAUUUAGAAUAGAUAUAACACCUAUUGUAAGCAUCUCUUUGAUGUUCACAUCAAAGGAAUGUUUACAUUGUUUGUUCCACAUUUAGACUUUAUUAUUGGAUUUCCGGAAUCAUAAAAGUCGUUUAGAUAAUCCACAAAAACAUUACCUGACUGCCAGAUUAACUUCUGUAAAAAAAUUUUAGACUUUAGGUAUAAAUACAAAUAGGGUCCGACGGGCCCGUGUUGCCCGUUUACGUGACAAAAUUCUUUCGACGCAAUAAUUUCAAAAAUGAUAAGCUCAUGACUAUGUUGAAGUAAACAUACUUCUAAACAAAUUGAGUGAUGCAUAAAAUGCAAUAAAAUUAUUUUUAUCAGUUUCUGAUAAAAGAAUUGGCGUCUCGGGCCCGUUGGACCCACCUUACCUGAAUAAGGGUUAAAGGUAUUGCCGAUUCGGAUUAAGAUCGCAGCGCCAAUGUGGUAUCAAAGUGAACUGAGCUAAGAGUCAUUGUAAUUAUUGUUUGCAUAUUGUAUGUUGCAUUAGUUUUAUGUGUUUUUAAGUUAGUUUUGUCCGUUUAUCUGUGUUUUUUUUUUAAUUCAAUUAUAUUUUUUUGUGUGACUAUCGUUUAUUCUUAUUGAAUAAUAGACAAUUUUGUUAGUUACAAGUUUUAUUUUAGUGAACUUUAUAAGAAAAAAAUAUCUCAGGUUAGUGUACACCAAAGAUUGUAAUUAUUAUUGUUAAUGUUUUAUUAUUAAGUCAUAAAGUUACAGUAAUAUGUUACAGUUUAGUCAUGAAGUAAUAUACAGCAACAAUUAAGGGGGUAUUAGCACGCUAUGGUCAAAAUAGGUGGCGAAUUUGUAAACUAACGUUUAACAAUUCUUUGAAUAGAUGGCAGCACGUACAUAUAUUUUAUUAUUAAAUUUAGUUCUCUGAACGACACAGCAUUGAUGCCACGUAUAGGGCUUUUCAUUCACAGUCAUUUGUUUCGAGCUUCUGUCAUGUGUUAGAUAAUAUUAAUAUAUCUACGUCAUACGUUAUUGGUAUUUACAAUGAUACAAAUUAAAGACGUAUGACGUAGAUAUAUUAAUAUUAUGUGACACAUGACAGAAGCUCGAAACAAAUGACAAUCGAUGAAAAGCCCCAUUGCAACUUAAGCUCGGCACAGCUCGCUCUCAAUCGUACUUUGUAUUUACAGACGACAGUUUUUAAUCCUUUCUUUACCUACCUAGGGUAAAUUCUCAUUAAUAGAUUAAUAGAUACUAAACGUUCAUUCAUUUGGAAAUAGUUUAUUAUUUAAUAUUAUAUUUACAGACGGCAAUUCGUAAUUCUUUACCUGCUCAAAAAGAUUUAUUUCAAACUAAAGAAAUUUGCAAUUAUUUGAAAUACAAGUAAGUGCCUAUCUAAAUGACCAAAAAAGAAUUAUGCUAAUUCUCAGAAUGAAGAUCGAGUAUAAAAUUAGUAUUUUUAAUAAAUGUAAAAUACGUAAGUCAAUUGAAAAACAGCGUCACUACAAUAACUUUUUUCAUAUUGAAUGUUUUUUCAACAGGGGAAGUUUUUUCCUCGGAAAAUUUCACAUUUUCAUUUCAUUUCUCAUUUCAACAUGCGAGGCAGAAUAAUAAUUAGCCUAAUGAGCCACUUACUUAAAACAUUUUUAAAAGUGAUAUAGGUACAGCAGAAUGUAUAAAAAAUGCGAAGAACAAGUAUCAUGGACAAAGAUUGGAUUCCGCAAUGCCUUGCCCUUAUAGGCAGCCGAGAGGCUCUAUUGACUGUCCAACUGCUUAUGCAGAGGUGCAGAUAUGUCAACUAUGACGUACCUAUAUAUUUGUUUUAUCGACUACAAAAAGGCAUUUGAUAGAGUACAACAUGAUAAGCUCAUACUCAUAACCAUCUUGGAGGAAACUGGAUUAGAUAGAUCUAAACAUUAGAUAUGCCGACGACACAGUAGUUUUGCAGAUAGCCUAGAUGAUUUGCAAAGAAUAAUGUCGCGCAUAUAAGAUAAGUAGUGAACGUGGACUUAAUUUCAAUACGAAAAAAAGAAAGUAAUGGUAGUCAGUAAGAGCGAAAUAUAUUAUACGGCUUUUGGUUAACCAACAAACAAUUGACAGAGUGAACAGCUACACAUACCUUGGUACCUACAUAAACAGUCAAUGGGACCACUCUAGUGAAAUAAAACAACGCAUAGGAAAAGCGAGAUCAGCUAUCAUAAUGAUGAAGUCUCGUUUCAGAAGUCACAUUUACCACUUGGUAACAAAAUUUCUAUUAUCAGAUCCUAUGUAUUUUCUAGAUUAUUAUACGGAGUAGAAGCCUGGACUCUUUCCGAAGCUUCUUUAAGAAAACUCAAGGCAUUCGAGAUGUGGUAUUACAGUCGCAUUUUAAGAAUUUCGUGGAUGAGUCGUGUGACCAAUGUUGAAGUCUUACGUAGAAUGGGCAAUGGGCAAGGAAUGCGAGAUUAUUAACACACAUUAUUAUCACAGAGAGCAAAGUAGAAUAUCUUGGCCGUGUUAUGAGGAAUGAAUAGAGAUUGCCGCUACUCAUUCUUCAGGGCAAGGUAUUGGGAAGAGAGGACCAGGGAAAAGAAGAAUAUCUUGGCUUCAUAAUCUGAGAAACUGGUUCAAUACAUCGACAAACAGACUAUUCCGAAUAGCAGCAAGCAAAGUUAGGAUAGCCAUGCUGAUCGCCAACAUCCGGAACGAAUAAGCACCGUGAGAAAAAGAAGUAUACUUCAUUUUAAAUUAUUCUUCUUCUUAUUCAUGUGCCUCGUCCGUUGCGGACAUUGGCACGUUAGUCCAAACCAUUGGCGUAAGUUUUGAAGCCAUGAGUGUCUUCUUCUUCUGGGUCCACCUUUGCUCUCUAUUUUACUCUGUAUUGUCAGUGGCAGUAUACGAUAUUUAUCAUGUCUCAUAAUAUGAUCGAGGUAUUCAGGUUUCCGUUUCUUAAUUGUGAAAGAGAUUUCUUAUUUUUGUUUUCCCCUAUGCGCAAUAUCUCUACGUUGGUAGUGUGAGUCGUCCAGGAUAUUUUGAGGAUAGGUCGGUACACCCACAUUUCGAAUUCCUCUAGCUUUUUCAUCAAUGUUUCCGUUAUUGUCCAGGCCUCUGCUCCGUACAGCAAGACCGGAAAGAUAUCAUUUUAGCAGCCGUAUUUUUAGUGGGAUAGAUAUAUCGAAUUUGAUGAAUAUAUUUCUCAUGUUGUCAUAAAUGUUGCUCUGGCCUUUUCAAUUCUAGACCGCAUUUCGGUUGUUUGAUCCUAUUUCGAGUUGACGACUUUUCCAAGGUAUACAUAUGAGUGUAAUGUGUGGUGUGUGUGUGUGUGUGUUGUGUAAAUGUCUUGUUACUUAGCAAAGUCGAAGUCAUUGUUUUUUAAGGUGACCAACUAUUUUUUGUUCAAAAAGAGUACACCUUGCAAGUAUUGAAAAUAUGUUAAUCUCCUAAACCUACAGAAAAAUUUAAAUCCUAAUACUAAAUCUGUUUCUGGGCCAAAAAUAAUUAAUCCUAAUGUUUCUGGGCUAAAAAUUUAAAUCCUACUACUAAAUCUGUUUCUGGGACAAAAAUUUAAUUAAUCCUAAUACUAAACCUGUGUCUAGGCCAAAAAUAAUGAAUCCUACUGUUUCUGGACCAAAAAUAAUUAAUCCUAAUACUCAAUCUGUUUCUGGGCCAAAAAUAAUUGGUCCUAAAAUGUUUCUGGGCUAAAAAUUUAAAUCCUACCACUAAAUCUGUGUCUGGUACCGCGGACCCAUAAAAUAUUUACAUAAAAAAAGGAUUACGAACGAAAACUUGUAAAUAUACGCUAAAUAAAUAAUAUGAGUUUUUGCUAUCUACUAAAUAAUAGUUUUUUCUCACUUAAUUCGCGCAAUUAGUCACUUUAUAUAACGACACAAUGAAAAAGUCUCUAUUUCUCUGAUUGAAAUACAGUCUUACAUUACUUGUCUUAUGUAUUCAUCCAAAGUAUAUUAACAUUAUAGAAAUUUAAAGUUAGUUUAUAAUAUAUAGUAACUUUAGAUUAUGGUGCGAGGCAAAUGGUGCGAGGUAAAUGGUGCGAGGCAACUGGUGCGAGGUAACUGGUGCGAGGCAAAUGGUGCGAGGCAAAUGGUGCGAGGCAAAUGGUGCGAGGUAAAUGGUGCAAGGCAACUGGUGCGAGGCAAAUGGUGCGAGGCAAAUGGUGCGAGGCGAAUGGUGCGGGACGAAUGGUGCGAGGCAAAUGGUGCGAGGCAAAUGGUGCGAGGCAAGUGGUGCGAGGCAAAUGGUGCGAGGCAACUGGUGCGAGGCAAAUGGUGCGAGGCAAAUGGUGCGAGGCAAAUGGUGCGAGGUAAAUGGUGCAAGGCAACUGGUGCGAGGCAAAUGGUGCGAGGCAAAUGGUGCGAGGCAAAUGGUGCGAGGCGAACGGUGCGGGACGAAUGGUGCGAGGCAAGUGGUGCGAGGCAAAUGGUGCGAGGCAAAUGGUGCGAGGCGAAUGGUGCGGGACGAAUGGUGCGAGGCAAAUGGUGCGAGGCAAAUGGUGCGAGGCAAGUGGUGCGAGGCAAAUGGUGCGAGGCAAAUGGUGCGAGGCAACUGGUGAGAGGCAAAUGGUGCGAGGCAAAUGGUGCGAGCCAAAUGGUGCGAGGUAAAUGGUGCGAGGCAACUGGUGCGAGGCAACUGGUGCGAGGCAAAUGGUGCGAGGCAAAUGGUGCGAGGCGAAUGGUGCGGGAUGGUGCGAGGCAAAUGGUGCGAGGCGAAUGGUGCGGGACGAAUGGUGCGAGGCAAAUGGUGCCAGGCAAAUGGUGCGAGGCAAAUGGUGCGAGGCGAAUGGUGCGGGACGAAUGGUGCGGGACGAAUGGUGCGAGGCAAAUGGUGCGAGGCAAAUGGUGCGAGGCAAGUGGUGCGAGGCAAAUGGUGCGAGGCAAAUGGUGCGAGGCAAAUGGUGCGAGGCAACUGGUGCGAGGCAAAUGGUGCGAGGCAAAUGGUGCGAGGCAAAUGGUGCGAGGCAAAUGGUGCGAGGCAAAUGGUGCGAGGCGAAUGGUGCGGGACGAAUGGUGCGAGGCAAAUGGUGCGAGGCAAAUGGUGCGAGGCAAGUGGUGCGAGGCAAAUGGUGCGAGGCAAAUGGUGCGAGGCAAAUGGUGCGAGGCAACUGGUGCGAGGCAAAUGGUGCGAGGCAAAUGGUGCGAGGUAAAUGGUGCGAGGCAACUGGUGCGAGGCAACUGGUGCGAGGCAAAUGGUGCGAGGCAAAUGGUGCGAGGCAAAUGGUGCGAGGCGAAUGGUGCGGGAUGGUGCGAGGCAAAUGGUGCGAGGCAAAUGGUGCGAGGCAAGUGGUGCGAGGCAAAUGGUGCGAGGCAAAUGGUGCGAGGCAAAUGGUGCGAGGCAACUGGUGCGAGGCAAAUGGUGCGAGGCAAAUGGUGCGAGGUAAAUGGUGCGAGGCAACUGGUGCGAGGCAACUGGUGCGAGGCAAAUGGUGCGAGGCAAAUGGUGCGAGGCGAAUGGUGCGGGAUGGUGCGAGGCAAAUGGUGCGAGGCAAAUGGUGCGAGGCAAAUGGUGCGGGGCAAAUGGUGCAAGGUAAAUGGUGCGAGGCAAAUGGUGCGAGGCAAAUGGUGCGAGGCAACUGGUGCGAGGCAAAUGGUGCGAGGCAAAUUUACUGUUUUAGAAGGGUCCAUUUGAAACAAUUUAAUGCUCUAAAGUUCACUAGCCAUUCUAUCCAUUCACAAUGAGUAUAAAAUUAUACAAAUGAGUACUUUCAGAGUACAGGUUUGAAAAGAGUACAGUUAACGAAAAAAAGUAGAAAACUCAGUAAAUUAGUACAGUUGGUCACCUUAUUGUUUUUGCAAAGAAACGCUAAUUGUAUCAUUGUAUCCGAACGUCUGCGGUCCCUCCGGUGAGUACCGAUCCCACAAGGAGAGAAACUAUUUUCAUUUAUUAAUUUUUAAUAAAUGAAAAAUUCUCCACCAAGGUGAGAUUCGAACUCACGACCUUUAGGUCCAAAGGUAGGCGUUCUUACCAUGCCACCGAGCCACAGAGAGGUCACAAUAUCAUGAUUGAAACUCAAACAUAAGUCCAAAAUGUUUACUGGCAGGGGGAGGGGCACUUUUCUAAACAAAACCAAGUGAUUGGUAUUUCCAUGGUUACAAAACUCGUUUUCAAUGUUUUGCAGAUUUUUUUAACAUUUGGCAAACGCACAUCUGUCGUCAUUUAAUACAUCACUGCUGCCAUCUACUAAAUGACACGUGAACUCAGUUUCUCACCUAUUAAGUGAUAGCCGAACUAAUUUAUCACUAGAACAAUGCCAACUUGUUAGGGUUAUAUCAACAAAAUCCCUAGAUUGCAGUUUUUAAGUAUAACUUUUAUCUUUAAUUGUCUUUAGGUACAGUUAAUUCAAAAAUUAUGUCAGUAUGAAUAAUGAACGUUUACUUAAAAUAAAGCUUAUUGCUUAGUUAAUCAUUUAUGGUAGUUAUUUUGUACAGAAGUUCAAAAAUUAUUACAUAAAUCCAAGUUUUAGGGCAGGAUACCAAGUAAGUUAUGACAUGGGUUCCUUUAAGUACAGUUAUAAAAAAAUUACUGCUUUCUUUGGAAAUCUUAACUAGAUCCCACAUAACAAUUUCAUGUUCUUAGUAGAUUCAUAGAACAUACUUUUCAGAAAAAGUAUAUACUAAGAAUAUGCGUAAUUACCAUUGCGAAUGUGCAGAGCACAUACUGAGCAUGAUACUAUGACAAGUCCUGUCAUAGUAUCAUGCAUACUGAGUAUAUACUACAUUACAGUACUUAAACGUUCUAUGUAUAUACUUAGAAUGUACUACCGCACUUCUUUUCAGUAUAUACUAAGAAUAUACUUUUUAGAACAUUCCAAAGACGUGCUACAAACCUUCUAUUUAUAUACUUAGAACGUACUACCGCACAUCUUUUUAGUUUAUACUAAGAACGUACUUUUUAGAAUAUUCCAAGGAAGUGCUAUAAACCUUCUAUUUAUAUAGGGUGAGGCAGAUAACUGGCCUAUUAGAAAUAUCUCGAGAACUAAAGGCAAC